ACAGCAACAACGAAGACGACGACGGCGAUUUCGCUCUGUUGCUGCUCAGCGACUUUGUUUGAGUGACGAAAGCAAUACUUGUAGCAAGUUUCCUCAAACAGAGAAACAACGAAACCAAUGUGCAGGAUGUGCCGUAUUGACAUCCGUCGCUUCUGUGAAGAAUGGCGUAUUUGGAUAAAGCCGCUCCUGAUUGUCACAUAUGCGAUAUUCGCGAUAAUUGUGGUGCCGCUGCUGAUUGUGAACUCGGUGAAGGAUGGCUUCAAGCAGAACGAUCAACUUAUACUUAUCGGCGGACUCUUCGUGCUCUCCGCCGUGCCCAUUUCCAUUUGGCAUAUCAUACAACACGUCAUUCAUUUCACAAAGCCCAUACUGCAAAAGCACAUAAUACGCAUACUGUGGAUGGUGCCCAUCUAUGCAUUGAAUGCGUGGCUGGGCCUGCUAUUUCCGAAGCAUUCCAUAUACGUGGACUCGCUGCGUGAGUGCUAUGAGGCGUACGUCAUUUACAAUUUCAUGGUUUAUUUGCUAAACUAUCUGAAUCUUAACAUGGACCUGGAGGCAACGAUGGUAUAUAAGCCGCAGGUGUCACACUUCUUUCCCCUCUGCUGCAUGCGUCCCUGGGUCAUGGGCAGGGAGUUCAUCCACAAUUGCAAGCACGGCAUCAUGCAGUAUACCGUAGUCCGGCCCAUUACGACAUUUAUCUCGGUCAUUUGCGAACUAUGUGGAGUUUACGGCGAGGGCGAAUUUUCGGCGAAUGUUGCCUUUCCCUACAUUGUGGUCAUUAACAAUAUCUCCCAGUUUGUGGCCAUGUACUGCCUGGUGCUAUUCUACCGGGCCAACAAAGAGGACUUGAAGCCCAUGAAACCUAUACCGAAGUUUUUGUGUAUCAAGGCUGUUGUGUUCUUUUCGUUUUUCCAAGGGGUGCUGCUUAAUGCGCUAGUAUUUUACAAAAUUAUUAAUGGUAUAUUUGGUGACGUGGGCGAAGCCAAUCUGGCCUCCACGCUACAAAACUUUCUCAUAUGUAUAGAAAUGUUUAUUGCGGCUGUGGCGCAUAUUUACAGUUUUCCGCAUCAUCCAUUCCAUAUCAAUUCGCCACAGUAUUGGAAUAAUCCGAACCACAGCUGGUGCCGAGCGUUUCUCUCGAUGAUGGACAUCUCGGACAUGCAGGAGGAUGUGACGGAGCAUCUGGGCGUGGUUAGCAGCUCGAUAAGUCGCCGUUUUCAGGGUCGCAGUACAUAUCAGCCACUGGCGCGUGGUCCGCGUCGUUCGAGCAGCGAGUCCGAGUACUUAAUUAGCAAGCGGCAGGAGCCGUCGAUGUCAGGUGGCAGCUCCGAACAAGCAGGUAACAGUAAUGCCACCUAUGGGGCAACAACGAGCCGGUUAAUUGUGCCCGUCAAUGUGGGGCAACUGGACACCCUAAGUGAACAUCAAACUCAUUCCCCGUCUCGAUUUCCCUUAGCAGGCGCCGAUGCGGCUGAUGAUAUUAGCAGUAGCAACAAUUACCAACAACAACAACUGCACUUGCCGGGCGCCAAUUUGAAACAGUCGACGCGUCAGCGUGACACAAAUCAGCAUCUGCGCGAACGAGAUCAGCAGCAUUUUCUUGGCGGUGUUGGGGCGGCGCAAGCGGGUGGCAGUAGCUUUUUGCAGGCGCGUACGACUGCCUCGGCAGCAGCUCCGAUACCCGAGUCGAACGAUGACUAUGCGCUUCUGCUGGGCGCAGGCAGAUGACAACGUUAUCAGCAGCAGCACAUCGAUGUGCUGGAGGAUGGGGACGAUGUAGAAGUUAGUCAAAAUUUGAAUGCCUCAUCGCUGAGUGCAUCGCUGUCCGUUUCGUUUGGGAUGUCAAGCAGCCUAAAAUUUAGCGCCACGUGCAGCAACCAGACUGCAUCCGAGUGGUCCAAUUCAACGGGCGGGGAUGAUGACAACGAUGACGAAGACGAUGACGAGGACGAUGACGAAGACGAAGACGAUGAUGAUGAGGAAGACGAUGAUGAAAUAGUGAAUGCAGAGAGUGUCGAACAGAUGCCAGUUGUAGUUGUCGCAUCCACGACGCGCCGUCGACGCGACAGAGAGUACAUCACCUAGACCCAAUUAUUAGUGACAGAGCGAUAUUUGUGCUUUCUAUAUAAACACCUAUACUAUCAGUUAUUUCACUUACUCAAUUAUCGUUUGCUCGAUCUAUUGGCAAACCAAAAUUCCUUUGUAUAUUAAGCUAAAUACUCACAUUAAGCUAACUCUUCUGGCAGCCCAAUCAAAUUGGAUGUUUCAAAAUUGCGUGGCCUUAGUUUCCAAAGCGAUAGCGAGAGCAACAACUGAUUUUAAACCAUAGCUGCAUACUGCAUAUAUAAUCGAUUUAUAGAGAUGCAUACAAUUCCAUAGGAUCAUCAUAAAUAUGUACUUCUAUAUGCAUUGGCCAGCGAAGAUUUUUUAUAUACAAAUAUAUUAUAGAUUAGGCUCGAACUGUUUUUAUACAUUCAAUUUCAAAAUGAUAGGAAUACAUAAAUUAGACAUAUUCAGAUAGAAAGAGAGAGAGAAUUAACUAAUAUAUAUACGAUUGCUGUGUGAGUGUCAGUAGCUUGUAAUUUGAUUAGGCUAUUAAUACCCUGUAUUCGUAUACUGCAUAGUAGAUCAAUUGAUACAUACCCAUAAAGCAAACGAUUGUGAAUGAAGUGACUGCCGGUCAGAAAAGGGCGUAACUUAUAUUUGAAA